CAUAUUCCAAUCACAACCUUGCUCAGAAUCGACCAGUAACCGAAGAAGAUUCACGAAAAAGUCGUUCAGAGCAUCGAAGGGAAAAUGGCGGUGAUGGAGAGGUUGAAGAUGUUCGUAGUUCAAGAGCCUGUGGUCGCUGCUUCUUGCCUAAUUGCUGGUUUUGGUCUCUUCCUUCCAGCAGUGGUGAGACCAAUCCUGGAUUCUUAUAAAGCUGCUGAUCCAGUCCCCCCACCUGGUUUAAAUAAUGUUAUUGCAGGUAUGACCGGAAAGAAAUAGAAGGUGAUGCAGAUGUCCGAAAUGGUGUAUUGAGGAAAGAAUAGUCCAUUUUUCAACCCAUUAUGAUUCUCAUCAUUGAAAUAAUCCUAACUCUACCAAUGAAUUCUUGGAGAUUUAGUAGUACUUUGAAUUUCUUCCUGUUUUGUAUAAGCACACGCACGGUGUUCGCUUCGCUCGUGUUAUUGCUUAUCCUUUUUUAUGAGCUUAACUGAUUUGUCUUUCGGAUUCCACACUCCAAUGAAUUGUGAUUGCACCA